AGGGAAGUCUUGUUUGCUGGAACCGGCUCUGAGGCUGUGGCCGCAGGAAAGGGCCGCCGGCGUUUGUCGACACCCCUGCCUGCUUCCCCUCGUCCUCCCCCGGCUGGGGGCGACCGGUCACUGCUGCAGCGGGCCCAGUGGGCGCGGCCUGGAUUUUUCAUAACGCCUUGAACAUGAGCCCCACACAGUGGGACUUCCCUGUGGAGCUAUGUUGUCGGCCUAUGGCUUUUGUUACCCUGACUGGCCUGGAUGUGGUUUAUAACGCUGUCCAUCGAACUGUCUGGGAUGCUUUCUGUGCCAAUCGGAGGGCUGAUCGGGUACCAAUUUCUUUCAAGGUGCUACCAGGUGACCAUGAGUAUCCCAAAUGCAGACCCAAGAGAACGUCGUACGAGUGGUACAUUCCCAGAGGGAUCCUCAAGACGGGCUGGAUGAACAAGCACCUGAACCUGGUGCCGGCCCUGGUGGUCGUGUUCUACGAGCUGGACUGGGACGAGCCUCAGUGGAAGGAGAAGCAGUCGGAGUGCGCCACCAGAGUGGAGAUAGUCAGGCAAAGUUUACAAGGGAGAAACACGAAAGUUGCAGUGGUUCUGAUUCAGAAGAAAACCCCUUUGCCUCCAGGAGAAGAUGUUAUUGCUUCAGAACGGGCUGCCGCUCUGUGUAACGCCUGCGAACUCUCGGGAAAGUCUUUGUUCGUGCUGCCCCACACCGACCACCUUGUGGGUUAUAUCAUAAGAUUAGAAAACGCCUUUUAUGAACAUGCACAGACUUAUUACUACACUGAGAUUAGAAGAGUGAAAUCUCAUAAAGAGUUUUUGAAUAAAACAACACACCAGCUUUUAUUUGUUAGACAUCAGUUCAAAAUAGCUUUCUUCAGUGAGUUGAAACAAGAUACACAAAAUGCACUGAAGAAUUACAGGACUGCCUAUAAUCUUGUACAUGAAUUGAGAGCCCAUGAAACUAAUAUUCUGGAAAUUAAGACAAUGGCAGGAUUUAUAAACUACAAGAUCUGUAGGCUGUGUUUUCAACACAACACCCCAUUGGAUGCAAUCGCUCAGUUCCGAAAACACAUCGACUUGUGCAAGAAAAAAAUCGGCAGUGCAGAGCUGUCUUUCGAGCAUGCUGCGUGGAUGUCUAAACAAUUCCAGGCCUUUGGAGAUUUGUUCGAUGAAGCUAUUAAAUUAGGGCUGACAGCCAUUCAGACCCAGAACCCUGGCUUCUAUUACCAGCAGGCUGCCUACUACGCCCAGGAGCGGAAGCAGCUCGCGAAAACCCUCUGUGAGCACGAGGCCUCCGUCCCGUACCCCAGCCCUGACCCCCUGGAGACGCAAACAGGCGCCCUUGACUUUUAUGGACAGAGGUCAUGGCGACAAGGAAUACUAAGUUUUGAUCUUUCUGAUCCUGAAAAAGAGAAGGUGGGAAUUCUUGCCAUUCAGCUGAUGGAGAGAAAUGUUGUUCACUCUGAAAUAAUAAUAACUCUUCUGAGCAAUGCUGUUGCGCAAUUUAAGAAGUAUAAGUGUCCAAGAAUGAAAAGUCAUCUAAUGGUUCAGAUGGGAGAGGAGUAUUACUAUGCAAAGGAUUAUACCAAAGCUUUGAAGUUGCUGGACUACGUCAUGUGUGAUUACCGGAGUGAAGGGUGGUGGACUCUCCUCACGUCGAUCCUGACGACCGCUCUGAAGUGCUCCUACCUCAUGGCCCAGCUGAAGGAUUACAUUACUUACUCCCUGGAACUCCUGGGGAGAGCUUCAACUCUGAAAGAUGACCAGAAAUCUCGGAUAGAAAAGAACCUCAUAAAUGUUUUAAUGAAUGAAAGCCCUGACCCCGAACCUGACUGUGACGUCUUGGCUGUGAAAACCGCUCAGAAGCUGUGGGCGGACCGGGUCUCUCUGGCCGGCAGCAAUGUUUUCACAAUAGGAGUCCAGGACUUCGUGCCAUUUGUGCAAUGCAAAGCCAAGUUUCACGCCCCGAGUUUUCACGUGGACGUUCCUGUGCAGUUUGACGUUUAUCUGAAGGCAGAUUGUCCACAUCCUAUCAGGUUUUCUAAGCUCUGUGUCAGCUUUAACAAUCAGGACUACAACCAGUUCUGUGUGAUCCAGGAGGCAUCCAAAGCGAGCGAGGUUUUAGAGGACGGGACUCAGGGGAAGAUGUGCUUAGUUCCUGGUAAAACAAGGAAGUUCUUCUUUAAAUUCGUUGCGAAAACUGAAGAUGUGGGAAAGAAAAUUGAGAUCGCCUCCGUGGAUCUGGUCCUGGGCCACGAGACGGGAAGGUGCGUGGUUUUAAACUGGCAGGGAGGAGGGGGAGACGCGGCCUCGUCCCAGGAGGCCUUGCAGGCCUCACGCUCCUUCAAGAGACGGCCCAGGCUCCCCGACAGCGAGGCUCAUUGGGACGGCGUCGUGAUCCAGGCAAGCACGAUGAUCAUUUCCAGAGUUCCGAACAUUUCGGUCCACCUGCGGCACGACCCUCCUGCCCUGACGAAUGAAAUGUAUUGUCUGGUUGUGACUGUUCAGUCCCACGAAAAGAGCCAGAUCAGAGACGUGAAGCUCACUGCUGGUUUAAAACCCGGCCAGGAUGCCAAUCUGACACAGAAAACGCAGGUGACCCUGCGCGGAACAGACGUGUGCGACGAGUCCUGCCCCGCGCUGCUCACAGACAUCCCGGCCGGGGACCUGCAGCCAGGGGGCCAGCUGGAAAAAAUGUUGUAUGUUCGCUGUGGAACAGUGGGUUCCAGAAUGUUUCUUGUGUAUGUUUCUUACCUGAUCAAUACAACUAUUGAAGACAGAGAAAUUGUUUGCAAGUGUCACAAGGAUGAAACUGUAGCAAUAGAAACCGUCUUUCCAUUUGAUGUUGCCGUUAAAUUUGUUUCUACAAAGUUCGAGCACCUGGAGAGGGUCUACGCUGACAUCCCCUUUCUGCUGAUGACAGACCUUUUAAGUGCCUCGCCCUGGGCCCUGUCCAUCGCCUCCAGCGAGCUCCAGCUCGCUCCUUCCAUGACGUCCGUGGAUCAGCUGGAGUCCCAGGCGGACCAAGUUGUCUUGCAGACCGGCGAGAGCGCGAGCGAGUGCUUCUGCCUUCGGUGCCCGUCCUCUGGGAAUGUCGAAGGUGGAGUAGCAACUGGGCAUUAUGUUGUCUCCUGGAAGAGGGCCUCCGCCGGGGACGACGUUCCUGUCGUCAGCACUGUCAUCACCCUGCCACACGUGAUCGUGGAGAACAUUCCUCUGCAUGUGAACGCAGACCUGCCGUCAUUUGGACGUGUCAGGGAAUCGUUACCUGUCAAGUAUCACCUGCAGAACAAGACUGACUUAGUUCAGGACGUGGAGGUUUCCGUGGAGCCCAGCGAUGCCUUCAUGUUCUCCGGUCUCAAGCAGAUUCGAUUACGUAUCCUACCCGGCACCGAACAGGAAAUGUUAUACAAUUUCUAUCCACUCAUGGCCGGAUACCAGCAGCUGCCGUCUCUCAGCAUCAACCUGCUUAGGUUUCCUAACUUCACCAACCAGCUGCUCAGGCGGUUUAUACCUACCAGUAUUUUUGUAAAGCCUCAGGGUCGGCUCAGGGACGACGCCUCGAUCGCCGCCGCGUGACAUUCCGGACGCCCCGGGCCACGCCUGCAGAGCAGUUGGGCUGCGCGUUCUAGAAGAUUUUCAUGCUGAACUGUGGCUGUGAUCAUGGUAAAAGUUAAUCGGUUCUAUUUUUUAAUGGUUGUUAUGCCAACUAUUCAGAGGAACUUGUGCAUAAAAUACUACGAAAGCCUGUCUUACAGCUUCACUGAUAUUUGACGUCUGUCAGUGUCACACGAAAGGCUGGCAGACCACUGUUAUUGCUGGAAGUCAUUUUAUGAAUCGUACAUUCUUUUAAAAGUAAGUGAUUUGCAUGUGUGAUCUCAGAGGAAAAUUGAGCGCCGGGCGGGGAGAGGGGAGUGCACUGGAGCCUGCCCCCGCAGCGUCCUGAGUCCCCCGGCGUCCCCUCCCGAGCUGGCUAAACUGGAGGUCGUCCAAUGUCAUGAAUUUGGCAUGUGCUCCUGACUCGGACCCAAGAACUUAGAGCAGUUGUGUGACUGAUCCAGAGAGCUUCCAGAAAGUUGUAGUCGAAGCGGUCUGAGUCGCCUAAAUCAUGCCUUUGCUUACCAUCAAAACGUGAUUACCAGCGGGUCCAGCUCCCAGCCAGAGUCUGAGCUGUGUACUGAGCAGGUUUGGAUCUGUGUCGUAUCCAGGUCCUUCUCUGUAGAACUGCCAGGGCCUAUCAGCCUAAUUUCCUAAAUGAAAGGUUUUGAAAAAGAAUCAAGUUCUAAAUAAAACCUUGUCCUUACGGUUGUGCAGUUUGAAAACCAUUUAAGACUCUUGAAAACUCAUGUAAACAAAAGUCAUAUUGUGAAAAUUUUCUUUGUUUAAAUAUCUUAAUUUAAAACACUUGAUUUUCUGGAAAUUUUUAUUAUUUAAGAGUGUAGGAGUUGUAAAAAAGAAAUAU